UUCCGUUUGGGAGAUGAAAACAUUAGUCCGAUUGUCGGCAUGUACAGUGCUGAGGAUUAUGUAACAGCGUACUCAUUCAGUCGCCAUGAAAUACCAAUAGAUAAGAGUAUACGUUUCCAGCAGUAUAGCGACGACCCUGAUGCCUUUAGGAUAAACCGCCAACACUAAGCCAUUUAAGCCGUUUAUAAUAUAAGGAUGCGCUGCAAUUAACCGCCGGAGAACCGCAUAGACGGUCGGGAGGAGGCGGGCCUUUUACACACUAUCUGAUACACAAUAUCUGUGUGUCAAGUCGACUGCUAUUCAGAGUAGAGGUGAUCGUAUGUUACGAGAGGGGUGGUCCACAUUGCUGAUAACGUUGUGUGUACUCUUAUAAUACAUCCAUGGCUGUACUCUAUUGAGUAUUCAUUACGCAGAGGAAUAAAAUCACGAGUGAACUCUUCAAAUACUGCGAAACAUGGCAUCUCUCAAACAUCGCAUUUCAAUGCCCGUGGUAGCGGGCGUGCUGCUGGUCGGUGUACCCUAUUCAAUCUCCUUAGCGGCCCAGUGGCUGUACGGUUGGCCAAAUAAGCCCGGCUGUAGAAAAUACAUAGAGGCUCUGAGACCCAGGCGAAUCUACUGCCUGACCAGAGCUGUGCUCGAAACACUAAAAUACCUACAGUACGGAAAACUGUACUUCCAGUGGAAGUUAUGGUACCAGAACGAUGAGAACCGGAAACAUUAUGAGAAGGGCAUCACCUUCGGGCGCCGAAGCAACAAGAUGGACCUGUACUACAGCCCCCAAGGGGCCAGGGUGGCCGGGGACAAGCCGGUUCCCCUGGUGGUGUUCAUCUACGGCGGGGCUUGGGGAUCUGGGGACCGGUCCAUCUACUGUCUGCUGGCCAGGCGGAUGGCUGAGGAGCUGGGUGCCACUGUGGCGUGCCCCGACUACGUCACCUACCCAAAGGGGAAUGUUUUGUGCAUGGUCCAAGAUAUCACGGACUGUCUAGUUUGGGCACGAGAGAACGACAAAAAGUACAACUUUGACAAGGACAACAUAGUGUUGGUGGGGCACUCUGCGGGCGCUCAUCUGUCGGCCCUGGCCAUCCUGUUCCUCAUCGACUGCAGAGACGAGCUCUUCGUCGAAGCAGGCAUGCAGCGGAACAUCGCCAAGGCGAUCAAAGGACUCAUUGGUCUGAGCGGCGUAUACAACAUCGUGGAUCACUAUGAGCAUGAGCAAAUGCGAGCGGUGGAAUACGUGUCCACCAUGCAUAAAGCUAUGAAUGGAGUCCACAACUUCCCUUACUACUCGCCAGAGCACAUCCUCAACACAUUCAGCCAAGACAAGCUGGAGAGAAUUCCGCCAAUCAGCCUCAUCCACGGAACCAAUGACAUCAUCGUUCCUGCCGAAUCGUCCAUCAAGUUCUCCCAGCUCCUGACGUCUCUCUGUGUGAAGACAGCCCUCUACAUACUGCCAAAUAUCGACCACACCGAGAUCGUCACCGACCUCAUGGUGCCUGACCGGCACUUUUACCACGCUGUCUACAGCUGCAUCAAGCAGGAGUACAACAAACUCAUUGGUGUCUGCUGAGGGCCUCCAACUAGGUUCUGACGGCUGUCACCCGGUCAUCUUUGUGCUCUUUGCCUCAUUUGUAUCCUCGCCUACUACAUACCUCAUUUAUGUUAACGACGUCAUAACGAUUCCAGAGUGGCUUUUCCACUGCAACACACCAUACUUUGUUGGGUCAUAUUGUGUCUGAAUUGUAUUUAAUGCUAUGUAUUCUUAUGACAUUUUGUGUCAUAUUAUGACAUUUAUGAGGUGAUUAUCUUGUAAGAAUUUCAUGACGGAUGUUUUUAAUACGAGCCUUACUGAGUUAAUGGAAUAAUGAAUUGUGUAAAGAUAGUCGUUUUAAUAUAUCAAAAGCCACUGGUAUUAAUGCAGGUUGUAUUGACAUUGAUAUUUAAUAUUAUUAACCUUGCUGGAUUUGUCAUGUGAUCACUUUAAGCACAUAACUCUUGCCUUAUGCUGGUCCAUAUAUUGAAUGAAAUGGAUUUUGUGUUGUCGGAAUGUCUCCGUCCAUGUCACCUAUUAAGUUAUUUUGGAAAUUAAAUGUUUGAAGGUACAA